AUGGUUACGGCAGCGAUGACACUCACAGGGUUGGUUACGCAGGUUGAAGGACAUUUUAAGGUUUUGAAAGAGAAGGCAGGUGGAGGCGCCAGAAGCCCAGGUUUACUGCAGGAUUGGGGAAAUAUCAAAGAAGGAAUCAAAGAGUUGGUCAAUCGUGAAAUCGUCGGUGGAGAUCAAGGUCUAACGGCAAUAGUGAAAGGGGUGGAAAAGUUUGGUAAGAAUUUCGAUGGCAAGAUGGGUGAAGGCGGAAUGGAAGAUAAGAAGUUCCAAGGCGUGCUACAAGACUGGUUGGAAGAUAUUCUUGAGAGCGGUCCUGUAAAAAUGUACAUUGAAGCAUGUGGGCAGUAUGUUACCAAUAACAGUGGCGAGUUUAAGUCGCCAUAUGGUGUGGCGGGGCAAAGUGAAUUGAUGCAGAAGCUCACUAAGGGAAUAACAAACGCGAUUGAGGCACAAAUUGGUACUUCUGAAAUCGAAGUGGCUCAAAAUUUCAUUAAUGCCGCGGAAGGAGUGAAAAACAGCAUUGAAGCUUAUGUUACCGGUGUACAAGCUGUUUGCAAGGCAUUUGCCGAACGGCUAGAAAUUGAACUAACGGCUACUGAGCUUGAUGGAUUCUUAGAUAAGAUUGUCAUGGCGAUGGAGAAAGACCUUGUGGUGAAGACAUCCCCAACACAUAAUUCAGACACUAAAGCUUACUUUAAAGCUGCCGUUAAUAUAAUCUUGCACCAACUGGUUGGUGUGGCGAGAGGGGUUGGCGACGAAAUUCAACAAUUCAUGUCUAUGUCCAAACUCGGCAACGUUGAGUCAGCGAUUACCAAUGCGAGCGAUGUUGUUAAUAGGUUGGGAGGCGAUACGAGUUCCGGCAGUGUUGGAAAGAACUUUAAUCAAUCGUUGUGGGACGUUAAGGAGAAAAUAGGCGAACUCAAUCCAAUACUGAAAGAAGAUGGCGGCUCUCUGAAAUCCCAAAUUAACGACAUCACAGUGGAGAUAACUACCAAAGCUAUUACCGAGAUGUCCACUAAAAUUACUGAUACUCUCAAGUUGCUCACACGCACAAUAUCUGAUGCCGCUUUUUUCGCAAACAAAAAAUUAGAGAACCUUAAAAAUUUUAAGGUUGGAAAAACUCCCAAUAAAGGUGAACUCCAGGAACUUCAACACUCCUUCAACGAUUUGCAACGUCCGGUCGCAGUAGCCCUGGAUGCUGCCAAAAAAUUCCUCGGAAGUGUGGAUCACUCCGGUACCGCCACCAUCCAGGCACUAGGAAGAGACGUCGAUUCACAAGUGGAGAGCGCUAAGAAAGCUCUAAUUACUGAGGCAAGAGAACAGUACGUCACAUCUCUACAGGGUCUGCUCGUGGCCUUCUCAACGAAGGCUGAGACGGAAUUACAUCCGCUGCCUGGCUUGAUAACUAAGGAGUUGGACUUGGGCGUUAAAGGGUUCAUGAAUAAAAUAGAAAAGUAUUUCAUUGGAACUGACAAAGGAAUUAAAGUCAUUAGGGACAUCAAGACCACCCACUCUCGUCCAGAGAAGUCUCCACUCAGCCAGGCAGCUGAGAGAGCAUACAACGCUUCCAGACGUUUAUGUCAUUAUUUGAAGUCACAGACGGACUUCAUAUCAGACUUUCAAAAAUACGAGCCCUUGCACAACUCUCUUCUAACUUUGCUUGAUGGACUUAAAACUUCCGAACAUUUCAAUCACCAAUUUAGAGAUAACUUAGACACAGUUAAGAAUACUCUCGACCAACUCGCUCCUCGGCAAUUCGGCACAUCUUCGACGGUCAUGUUACAAGCCCUGAAAGGGGGAAUUGCUGCUUUGGUCGACGCACUUGACAAAACCUACGUGAGCAGUUACUCCGGGAGACAAUGGCAAGAGGCAGAACUGGGACACUACGCGAAAAUCUGUUGGACCAUCACGCCCAUCUUAUAUCAAGAAUUAACUACUCUAAAGCAUGGCCUUGAAUAUGAGAACUGGAAUGAUCACAAAAUCUAUCACCGAGCUGAUAGCAACUCCAGCCUCCACGCUCUCUUCUUCCGCGACAAUGGGUAUGACGUGCAUCGUCCUCCAAACGCUGAACAUGGCGAACUAAAUCACAAACGUGACUUUAAUGGUAGCAACAUUCUCAAACACCUUACCAAUGCACAUGAACUGUUCAGUCAACGCUCAUCUCCCGUCAUCGGCAUCCCUCAAUCGACAUCCGGGUCGGACGAGCUAGGUGUAACCGUCGCGGAGGAAAGCGGUCUCAUCCGAAAACUCUAUGAUCUCUUAAAAACGUACUUCCGUGUAUGCCACCUUACGCUUGUCAACAAACCCAAGGCUCCGUGCUCCGUUUACGAAAUUCUCGUCUGGUGCAACGGCCUGCAGUUCAACCCCGUAUACGAGAAGCUCAAGGCGCAAGUUCAAUCUGAGUUCAUGAAGGACGACAAAGAACGGCCGGGUACUAAAACGCUGCAACCCUUCGAUGCGCACCCGUCUGACUUUGAACACACGCAUAUUUACGAAGCGCUCUACAAGGUCUCAUCUGACUCCCACGCCGUCCUCACUGCUAUCCUCGGCCACGGUCACAAGGACGGAAUUUACGCCUGUGAGUUCUCCAGCAACUCUCUUAAAUUAGAUUACCCUAGCAACAUGAUUCAAUUGCUGUGUACGUUGUUCGACCUGCUCAAGCGCCUCUACCACCAGCUGUACUUCCUGCUGCAACAGUGUAAGCACAAUGCUCAGCUAAGCGGCUGGAGUGACUGUCACUACGGCAGGUACAUCGGUGGGUCGGGCUGGCAGUGCAACACAAAGCAAUGCCCUAAGCAAGACUGCGACCAAAGGCACGACCAAAGUGGCAACCAAAGGGGUGGCCAAUAUCCCAGCUGCGGCGUCAAGUCGCCACUGCAAUCGUUCUUGGAGGACGGUUUGAAGGGCCACCUGCCGCAUUCGGUAACGGCUAGGGGAUCCAGUCUGUCAUGUGGCACGUGUGGUGGUACACCUGGUAUGCCGUGCAGAACGCCAAUGGGCUUCGCCGACAUCGGUGCCACUGCGUCGCAUACGAUGAUUGGCCAGGAUAUAUGCGAGGUGCUUUACGAUUUCUGUGGGAGUGCGAAAUCGCCUCUCACUAGACUGUGCGGUUACCUCAACUGCCUUUUGCCUAGUGCGCCGAAAACGCUGGCUGACAUGUUCAGCUUCUACUAUCAUCUCACCGAUCGCUGGGGUAUGAGUGGUAACGGACACAAGAGAGAGGCAUUUGAGGACAAAGUCAACGCUGCCAAUUUCGGGCGUCCUUAUGGUGAGUUGAAAGUCUACCACUUAUUUACCCCUAGUCACUCAGCAUUGAAGAAGGGGCAUUCCGAUGGUAGCCUGGGCAGUCUCGUUUGCUCAUCGAAAUACUCCGUCGUAUGCGGUCCUUAUCUGCGUCCGAUCACUCACGCCAUCUACGAGACGUUCUCGUCGAAACACGCCGAUAAAUAUUUGUCGUGGAUUGUCUAUCUAACGGCGACGUUCUACGAUCUGCUUAAGCAAUUGUACGAUGAGUGCAAUUCCAAAUGCGGUUCCAGGGGAUCGAAUUGCCAUGAAAAGGCGUGCAUCAAAGAGUGUCCUACUACAUCCAAACAUGAUCCGCCACGAUAUCACGAUCGCAACUGCAAAUCCAUUGUACAGUGCAAUUACACGCUGCCGACAUUGGCGAAGUACGGUUUUGUUCUCGGCGAUCCAGAGAGGCUGAACGGAAGCGCAGGCAUUGAGAAGAAACGCACGUGCAGAGAUUUCUGCUAUGUAUUUGCGGAGGCAUUUGAGAAGGACUCACAUCUUGUGCAGUUUUUCAAAGCCAUUGAUAAAUUCAUGUUCACCAUCCGCGCACCUUUCUUGUGGAUGAACGUCGCGCUCUGGUCACUGUCCCUCUUCUACCUCAUUUGCGUAAUGGUUGGCAGACUGGAUGUGCUCCACAUACGCUCACACCUGCGAACACCGUCGUCGCACAAGAUAACGGCGCAAUCGCUGUUGGCGGCAGCGCAAGUCGGAAGGCUUGCCAAGAUAUCGUAUCUACAACCGUAA